UCCACCUGCCGAUGCCGGAGAAGCAGCGGUACGCCAACUCCCCCGCGACGUACGAGGGGUACGGCAGCCGCCUCGGCGUCGAGAAGGGCGCGAUUCUCGACUGGGGUGACUACUACUUCCUCCACCUCCGCCCCCGCCGCCUCAUGAGUCAUGAGAAAUGGCCAUCGCUCCCUCCCUGCUUACGGGAGACGGUGGACGAGUACGGCCGGGAACUAAUAAAGCUGUGCGAAAGAUUGAUGAGAGUUUUGUCGAGGGGGCUUGGGCUCGACGGCGGGCGGUUGCAGGCCGCAUUCGGAGGCGGCGGGGACGACGACGGGGUUGGAGUUUGCAUGAGAGUGAACUUCUAUCCAAAAUGCCCGCAGCCGGAGCUCGCGCUGGGGCUCUCGUCGCACUCCGACCCCGGCGGCUUGACAGUGCUCCUCCCCGACGACCGCAUUAAAGGGCUCCAGGUUCGGAAGGACGAUAAUUGGGUCACCGUCGAGCCCGCGCCCGACGCGUUCAUUGUCAACAUCGGCGAUCAGAUUCAGGUGGUGAGCAAUGCGGUGUACAGGAGCGUGGAGCACCGUGUGAUUGUGAACGCGGAUGCCGAGCGACUGUCAAUCGCGUUCUUCUGCAACCCGAAAAGCGACCUCGCGUUGGGACCGUUGCCUGAGCUGGUGACACCCGAUAGGCCGGCGCUCUAUCAGCCAAUGACGUUUGAUGAGUAUCGGCUGUACAUCAGGAAGAAGGGCCCGCGCGGCAAAUCUCAGGUGGAAUCACUCAAGGGCGAGAGAUGACCACACUCUUUUUUUUCUUUUUUUCUUUUUUUCUUUUUUUUUUUUUUGGGGGGGGGCUAAAUUGCCGGCGACACUUUG